AUGUCUCAACAAAGUUUAGUUCUUUCAUUUUUCUUCAUGUUUGUCUCAUUUGGCUUGUCUUUUGGCUCUUACAUGGAGAACACACGCUAUCGAACAAGUUAUCCACGUUACACGUGGCCUGGGAGGCUGGUGACGCCAAAUCAUGAACAUUCUGGCCUCGCCAAUUGGGCUGAUCGAUAUACCCUAUCUGCAUUGUCUCAGAGAAUGGUUAUUGUUGAUGACUAUGGAGCCAAACCUAAUGAUGAAGGAGAUGAUACCAGGGCAUUUGAGAAGGCAUGGAAUGUGGCAUGUUCUACGGGGAGUGUUCUUGUGGUCCCCGAAAAAAGUGUUUAUUAUCUAAAGCUAAUAACAUUUUCAGGCCCAUGUCAACUAAACACUGCCUUUACAAUUCGUGGAGAAAUCAUUGCAUGGCCUGACAUGUCAGCUUACGAAAGCACAGGAAAAAGUGGCCUCAAAUAUUGGAUUAUGUUUUAUGGUGUAACGAAUCUCAUAGUUGAUGGAGGCGGCAUUAUCAAUGGGAAUGGCAGGAAUUGGUGGCUGAACUCUUGCAAAAUCAACAAAAACCUUCCAUGCAAAGAUGCGCCAACUGCUGUAACUUUCGUUGCAUGCAACUCCUUGAAAGUGGCAAACCUGAAGUUCCACGAUGCACAACAAAUGCAUAUUCGGAUUCAGGGAUGCAAAAAUGUUAGAGUUUUGGAUCUGGAGAUUAGAGCACCAGGGGACAGCCCUAACACUGAUGGUAUUCAUGUCACGGACACCCAAGACAUUACCAUAAGCCACAGUGACAUCAUGACAGGUGAUGACUGUAUUUCCAUAGUAAGUGGGUCCCAACAAGUUCGAGCUAUGAAUAUUACUUGUGGACCAGGACAUGGAAUUAGCAUUGGAAGCUUAGGGGUUGAUAAUUCAGAAGCUGAAGUCUAUGAUGUGCUUGUGAACAAGUCCACCUUAAUAGGAACGACUAAUGGAGUGAGGAUAAAGACUUGGCAGGGAGGUUCUGGUUAUGCAAGAAACAUCACAUUUAUGAACAUAGAGAUGCGAAAUGUGACUUAUCCCAUAAUCAUAGAUCAAAACUACUGUGACCAGGGAGCUCCAUGCCAGGAGAAGCAGAACUCUGCAGUGGAAUUGAGCGGCGUGCGGUAUCAAAACAUCAGAGGAACAAGUGCCUCAGAAGUAGCAAUAAAAUUUAACUGCAGCGAAACUAUCCCUUGCAAAGGAGUCUACAUGCAAGAUGUGAUUUUAACACCAGAAGACGGUGCCGGCAUCAAGGCUUCUUGUGUGAAUGUUCAAUAUGUCAACAGAGGAAAGCUUUUCCCUCAAUGCGAUCCAUAUAAUUGA